AUGCGUAAUGCUUUCCUCUCCCCAGUGCCGAAGCUGGGGCAAGGGACCAGGGUCACUCCCAUGGUGCCAGCGGGCGAUGCCCCAGGUGCCUGCAGCCGCCUGCGCUACAAACAGCGGAGCUGCCGGCUCGGCUGUCGGCAAAGGGAAAUUCGGCUGCUCCGAGGGGUUUGGUGCAGGGAUGUGAUGCAAAGACGAGUUGGAGCAUCCGGACUCAGCACUGCGAGGAUGAGUGACGAAGGGCUCCCCGCAUCCUCCCAAUGCCCCGCUGCUGAGGGGGACACCAACAUCUCGACCUCCGGCCACCCCGAGCACUGGGUCGAGCCCAGGUUCACGCAGGCGGCGAGGGUCCGCGUGGUCGUCACGGCCGUCUUCUUCUUGCUGGCGGCGGGCAGCAACGCUGCGGUGCUGGGCAGCCUGCUGAGGAAGAGGAGGAAAUCCCACGUGCAGCCACUGAUCCUCAGCCUGGCGGUGGCCGACCUGCUGGUGGCGGUGGCGGUGAUGCCCCUGGACGCGGCCUGGAACGUGACGGUGCAGUGGUACGGAGGGGACGUCUCCUGCAAGCUCCUCAAUUUCCUCAAGCUCUUCGCCAUGUACGCGGCCGCUCUGGUGCUGGUGGUGAUCAGCCUGGACCGCCAUGCGGCCGUCCUCCAUCCCUUCUCCCGUGCUCGCCGACGAAACGGGAUGCUGCCCCGCACCCGUGCUCGCCGACGAAACGGGAUGCUGCUCCGCGCCGCCUGGGCCGGCAGCAUCCUCCUGGCCUUGCCCCAGCUUUUCCUCUUCCACCUGCACACGAUCCCAGGUGGGAAUUUCACCCAGUGCGUGACUCACGGGAGCUUCCGAGCGCACUGGGAGGAAACGGUCUACAACAUGUUCACCUUCACCACUCUCUACAUCACCCCCCUCAGCGUCAUGGUCGUCUGCUACGUCCGGAUCAUCUGCGAGAUCAGUAAGCAGCUAAAGGUCAAUAAAGGUUUGAUAAGAAACCAAAAUGACCACAUCUCCAAGGCACGCAUGAAGACUCUAAAGAUGACCAUAGUGAUUGUUGCCACCUUCAUCAUCUGCUGGACCCCGUACUACCUCCUGGGCCUGUGGUACUGGUUCCAGCCAGCCAUGAUUCAGAAGAUGCCGGAGUACAUCAACCACAGCUUCUUUCUCUUUGGCUUGCUGCACACUUGCACCGACCCCAUCAUUUACGGACUCUACACCCCCUCCUUUCGGGAGGACGUGCAGUUGUGCCUCAGGGGCCUUGAAAAAGCCAUUACCAGGCACGAGAGACACAAACCUGUUUCAGUCUCGGAGAAGAACAUCAAGGACAGUGCUGUAAAAGGUGGGGUGGCCUCAGGGGGCUCCAAUGGGACAACGGUCAAUACCGUCUGCUGA